AUGGGUGAAUCAAAUGCCAAAGCGGGCUCCUGGAAUAUCUUGGAACCGAGAUUAAGUCCCUUCAUUAUGGAAGCUUUGGCUAUUACGAAUUUCUCUGAAAUGACGCCCGUGCAAGCGGCUACCAUUCCCCUGUUUAUGAAACACAAAGAUGUUGUUGUCGAGGCUGUAACAGGUUCUGGGAAAACACUUGCAUUUGUUAUUCCGAUUAUCGAAAAAUUAUUUCGUCGAAAAAAUCAAUUGGCUCACAAUGAAGUAGGGGCACUGGUCAUAACUCCUACAAGGGAAUUGGCACAACAAAUAUCAUCCGUAUUCACCAUAUUCCUUAAUGAAUCUAAGUUAAAGCAUGCUCUUAUAAUUGGAGGUACCACUACUGUUCACGACGACAUUUCCCUUAUUAAAGACUUGGGACCGGACAUUAUAAUAGGAACUCCCGGGAGACUACGAGACCUAUUAGUUGGAGACGGAAACAAGAAAAGUCUGGUAAAUGCUAAGGAGUUAGAGAUCCUGGUAUUGGACGAGGCUGAUAGAUUAUUGGACAUGGGCUUCUCGCAAACAUUGAAUGACAUUAUAGCUCAUCUACCAAAACAAAGAAAUACCGGAUUAUUUUCGGCAACAAUGACAGAUGGGCUCGCAGAGGUCGUCCGUGUGGGAUUACGAAAUCCUGUGAGAGUCGUAGUCAAAGUGGAAGAUGUUAUAUCUAAAGUUGAACAACGUACACCAUCUACGGGUUUGGAUGUUCCUGAUGUCGAUGUCGUUAUACAAAUGGAACCUCCCCAGGACCCUAAGGUAUUUUCUCAUCGAUGUGGUAGGACUGCGCGAGCGGGAAAGGAAGGGAAGGCAAUCUUGUUUUUGGGAAAAGGAAGAGAAGAAGUUUAUGUAGGAAAACAAUCAUAUAUUUUGCCCGAUGGAAAUGAAUUCGUCGCAUCAUCCUCACUCUCAAAUGAUGGUGACAUUUCCCCAGUACCUGUUGUCGAUGAUGAAAACGAAGUUCUCUUGAAGAAAAUUCAGAGCAUCGUGCUUUCUGACCGAGAUCUGCAUGAUAAGGGACUUAGGGCUUUCGUUUCAUUUAUCCGCUUUUACUCCAAACACGAGUUAAGUUACAUAUUUCGACUGAAAGAUCUCAACUUGGGAAAGGUCGCGAAAGGAUAUUGCUUAUUACGGGCAGCCUUAAAGCAGCGAAAAUUAGAAAGAAAACUUAAGAAAGCUAAAAAGAAGGAACAAGUUAAAAAGAGAAAAGCAGAUGAGAUUGCUAACGAGUUUUCUGCGAAAAAUAUCAAAGGAGAUGAGGAGGAAGGUGUAUGCAGUGGUAUUGAAGAGGAAUGGGAUGAAUUGCAAAAAGAGAAAAAAUUAAUAAAAAAAUUAAAAAUUGGAAAAAUUGACCGCGACGAGUUCGAUCAAAAGAUGGCAUCAAUAACGGAGAAG